UGUGACUGAACAUAGAGGGCUCGUCCAGGAAGCCGGUAAACGGGGGAAGACGACUUGGAAAAAAGAACAAUGGGAGUAGAAGUAGAAACCCUUAGACCAGGAGACGGAAGAACCUUUCCACAAAAGGGACAGACUGUGUUCGUGCACUACGUUGGCACGCUGACAAAUGGAAACAAGUUUGACUCCUCCAGGGACCGAGGACAGCCCUUCAAAUUCAAGAUUGGACAGGGACAGGUCAUCCGAGCCUGGGAUGAGGGUGUAGCUCAGAUGAGCGUCGGCCAGAUGGCCCGGUUGACGUGCUCGUCGGACUACGCGUACGGAGCGAGAGGAUUCCCGCCUGUCAUCCCAGGAAAUUCCACUCUCAUCUUUGAGGUGGAGCUGCUGAGUAUCAGCUGAAGUUGAAGGUUGAUCUUCAGUUACUUAUUCCACCAACAUCCGUCACAAAUAACUGUUGAUUAAAGGUGCUGUCAAUAGCAUUUAUAAACAUGUAUUAAUCAUUGUAGACAUCAUUUUGAUAUCUAGAUGAUGGAGACUAAUUAGACUAAUGUCGGCAGUAUUGAUGGUGCAUAAUUGACACCUUGAAAAACAUGACGCAGUACAUCAUUUUGAGAAAUAUGCCUUUUUCUCCCAGGAUUCAUGUGGCCUCCAUUUUUACAUUUGUAUGAUAAAUCUUAAAGCACAUCACAUACAUAAUGUAACGACGGCAAAAGACAAUGAAACAUUGAUUAGAAACACUACUGUGUUGUUGUUUUUUUGCAUGUGCCAUAAACAAGAAUAUAACCACUGAAUCAGCAUAACAAAUAUUUUAAUAUAAUGUCUCAGAAGUAGUGGAAUGAUUAAUUUUAAAAAUGCACUUGAAAGAACUUUUAAUGAAGAGCUUAUUUGUUCCCUUUUUUUGCAUUAAUGUAUCCCUCCAUCAGAUGUAUUGAUUUGACAGCUCGAAACUUUGACACAAUGUUAAGAAGCGCUUGCAGACAAAAAACGGCUUAUGUUUUCAUUUUUCAUCCCUCCUUGUGUUGCCUUUUGACCAUAUUACAUUUUGAAACCUGACCUUUACACUAUCAAGUGUCCUUGUGUUGUCUUAAAGUUUUUAUUUUAUUGUGUCAUCCAUUAGAAAUGUUUUUCUGGGGUAUUGCAUUCUUGCAUUAAAAUAUAUGAAAACAA